AUGCCCGUGGAAGAUCUCGACGAUAGAGUGACUAUAGUUCACCCCAAAAACCCAAACACCACGGCCACCAUCUUGAAAUACGGCGCCACCGUCAUUUCCUGGAAGGAAAAUGGCCAGGAACAGCUCUGGCUUUCGGAAGGUGCUAAGCUUGACGGGCUGCGUCCAGUGAGAGGUGGAAUUCCGCUUGUUUUCCCUGUUUUCGGUAAACAGAAGGACGAGAGUCACCCUACUUUUAAGUUGCCACAGCAUGGGUUCGCCAGAAACUCGACCUGGGAGUUUUUGGGUGCUACUACUGAAGAACCCGUGGCGGUGCAGUUUGGCUUGGGCCCAGAGAAUGUCGAUAAGGACCUUUACGGGUUGUGGGACGAAGGAAGGAACGAUUUUACGUUGAUUUUGACCAUCACGUUGGCGGAAGAUAGCUUGACUACAGGCAUAGAGGUGGAAAACACUGGAAACAACGCUUUUGACUUUAACUGGUUGUUCCACACGUACUAUAACUUGGACGACGUUACAGACACGUUGGCCACGAACUUGAUGGACUCCCGGUGCUUUGACCAGUUGUUGGGGGAGCAUUACGUGGAGAAGCUGCCUAUGCUUAGUUUCCAGGAAGAGUUCGACCGUAUUUAUAAGAACGUCGAUAUGCACAAGGUGAUCCAGUUGGUGGAUAGAGGCAACGUUUUGUUGACGUUGGAAAGACACAACUUGCCGGAUGCGGUGGUUUGGAACCCAUGGAUCAAGAAGGCUGAAGGUAUGGCUGACUUUUUGCCUAAAGAUGGGUACUUGAAGAUGUUGUGCGUGGAGCCCGGCCAUGUGGCGUCGUUUAUCAAGUUGGAGAAGGGCGAGAAGUGGUCGGCCCACCAGAAGAUGACGCCUUCUGGCGAAAUCACCGUGCAGACGAACAUCUACGAGGCAUAA